CCGGAAGUAACAUGUAGCUAUGGAAAUUAUAUACAAAAACUUCCACUUGCCUUGGAUCAAUGUUUAUUGUUAAAGAGAUUUAAACUCAAAGAAUUAUGUCACAGACUGUGGCAGUCCCCUUGACAAAUCCCAAAACGGGGGCAGAUUUCCUGGCCUCCACCAAUUUUAAGGUGGCCCAGGACAUGUCUGUCCUUGAGGGGUCGAUGCAGAGUAUCUUUAAGAAAGACUAUCCGCCCUAUCAACACUAUGGCAGGGAAAAGGAGUCCGAGAGACCAAAACUGGCCGAAGUCAUGACGAGGGAUGACAAGUUCUUCAAGGAUAAAGCAUCAGAAACCGUCCGAGCGUUUGAAUAUCGUUAUCUACCAAAACCAGUUGCUUUAGAUGACAUUCACCAAAAGCUCCGGUCAACUAACUUCAAGAUGGAUACUGAUGUAAGUAAAGUAGACGUUUUUGAGACCAUGCAUACGUCGUAUUUUAAGCCCAAGAUCACACCUGCGUACCAACGUGUCGAACCCGCCACAAGCACCUCUGUCAGUCAUAUUCCUCAAGGAGAUCCCGAGAAAGCAGCCGAACCCUGCUCGGACUAUCGCGAAAGGUUUAUGGGUCAUGAUACAUCAGUGCACGUCACUCACAGAGCACCAUCUAUGCAUGAAGGUGGGCCGCCCACAGUAAAGGGAGACGAUCGCUUAACAAACUUUAACACCUCUCAUAAUGACCAGUUCCAAGGCAAGUGGGAGAAGCCUGUGCAGACUUUACCGGCACCGUAUGGCUACAACAUUCCAGUGGGGGAUCCAGACAAGGUCACCAUUAAUGAUACCACGAUGCAGGCGACCUUCCCCUACAUCAGUGACAAGAGCGAAACCAAGCCGUACUGCAAAUCAGCAGUCAGCGCUUACCUCGGCAAAACAAACUUCAAGGAGAAGGACGGCCAUGGCAAAUAUAACGAUUAUCUGAGUACAGCCAGUGUUUCCUUCCAGCCAGCAUCCACCACGUUUGAGAGAUAUCGUCCUGGAAAACAUCGAAAUCACAGUGAUUUCCCAGAGGGUGACCUCGAGGAAUCCAGGGUCACUGAAAGGGUCAACAUGACGACGUCACGAUUUUACCAUGGCAACCCACCCCUAGGUUUACACAAUCGGAUCAUCUCGGGAGCAAACCUAAGGACAAAGAGUAACGUUCAGUUUGAGGAGCCCCCUUUGACGAAGACGUUCUAUGAUACUACCACUCGGACCACCUUUAGGCCCGCCGAUGUUCCGUACACUUAUGAUCGUACAAAGUUCCAUACAGAGACCAACAUACCUAUGGAUUAUUACGACAAGAAUGAGGCCAAACACACCUCGUCCUUUAUAAACUACAAAGAUCCCAGGACUGGAAGAAUGAAUAUGCAUAAACCCGCCCUGGAAAAUUUGAAGAUGUCACACAUUCUGCCUCCACUGGGAGGCCCUCAACUCCAUAAUACGACCCACCAGGUGAUGUUUACCCCCAAAUCGUCAGAAAAAUACGUUUACGACUCUCAAAGACUACAGAAGAGUUCCGUUCCUCUUGGUACCCUGAAAAUCGUUUAAGGCUAAAUCGUCUAAGAGUUAUCUUUCUUUGUGUAUCGUACGCCAGAGUCUUUAAAUCAAGGUUAAAGGAGAAGAAUGCAAUUAAAUUCACCUCCUUACAUUUAUUUUAUGAACACUUAUACAUUAUUGGUCUUAUUUAAAGUAGAAAAAACAGAUACCUAUCAGGAGAGCACACCUUGAUCUCAAUAGAAAAUUAUUAUAACAUAACCUUAAUUUAUAAAAUUCUUAUCUAAUUGAAAUCAAUGACAGGAAGGAAUGAGCAAUUUGUAUACUUUAUAAGCUUUCUUUGAUAUUUUUUUAGAAGUGUUUAUAGAUGAGAUUAUAUCGUGAAACAUUAAGUGUUCGUUUGAUUUGUAUCGCUGUAAAAGACCACCACUAAAUUUAAUGGUAACAUUAUAGUCAGUAUGACUCAACUGUUCCUAUAUUGUUGUUCAGUUUAAAUGACUUUUAAAUGCUCAAUUAAGUAUUCAAAUCUGCACAUCUUGCCAGAUUUUUAAUUUUUUUUGAAUAUAGUAAAUUUUUGCAAAUAUCAGUAUUAACAUCGGUUUUUCAAAUACACACGUUUACUUUGUGAUAUGAGAUUUUAUUAAUACUAGUAUUAUUUAUAAGCAUAAUAUAAACCCUAGCAGUAUUAUGGAAGGUUGUUAGUUUUUGUGCAUAAAUAUGCUGUGUCUAAUUGUUAUAUACAUGCCAUUUUUAAUGUUUUUUUGAACUGUUAUGAUUGUGGUACAACUUUUUUAGUGCUUUAUCUCCUUUUGAAUUAAAAAAAAAAUUAUCAAUGAUUGAGACCUCCACUUUUUAAAACAAGUUGCUUGUUUUUUAUUUAUCUUUUUUUUUUUUGUUUGUUUUUGUUUUUGUUUUUUUAGUGCUGUCAUUUGUUCUUUGUAAUAUGAGUGUUACGUUUU